GGCCUCUCGGUCCGACAGCAGCGGACCACCAACAACACUCACAGUUUAUCACACAUGGAUUCUUAUAAAAACCCAAAUGAAGUGCAGCCGAAUAUUCACCUGUAGGACCAUAAGCAACUGUAAAGUCUUCUAAAUUAUUUUUAACGGACUUUACUUGCCGGAUUCCAGCGUUUUAUUUAAUCCGAAUUGACAAUUCAAUUCAGGCGUUUUUCUAAGGAUUGCAACAUCUUACAUCUUACUGUGGAAAAUGUGGAUUAUUAACAUUUCAACGUUUUUAAACCAAUUUUUUCUUCACAUGGUGAAGGAAGGACCGUCGUUCACGUCUGACAAGUGAUAACGUUUAAUGGAUAAAUUAUUCAGCUGUGGUGGAAGUGGACUACCUGCUGGGGAGAGGAUGGCCUUUUGGAAGGAGGGCUCUGCUCUCCUGCUGGUUCUGCUGGCCUUGCUCGACCUACAGCCAAUCACCGGGCGAUCAUCUCGACAACGCACCUUGAGACGCCAAACUCGAGGGCACCAUGAACACCGGGCCCAACAGAACAUCACGCUGGCCGUCAUUUUACCACAGAACAACACAGAUUACCCUUGGGCUUGGCCUCGCAUUGGUCCCGCCCUGCAGCGGGCGAUCAAGACCGUAAACGCGGACCCCACUCUGCUACCUGACCACCACCUCACCUACGCUUUCAAGAACAGUGAAGACAAGAACGGCAUCUGCUCCGAGUCCAUCGCCCCGCUCAUGGCUGUGGACCUUAAACUUGAGCAUGACCCGUGGGCUUUCAUCGGCCCUGGCUGCUCCUACACCUCCUCGCCUGUUGGCCUCUUCACCACCCACUGGGAUGUUCCCAUGGUCACGGCUGGGGCCCCGGCCGUGGCCUUUUACGGCGGCGUCUACCCGUCCAUCACCAACACAGGCCCGACCCACAAGAAGCUUGGGAAGUUUGCCCUGCGGAUCUGUGAGCACUUUGGGUGGCGGGAGCAUGUGAUGCUCAUGUUCAACGACAACAAGGUGGAUGAUCGGCCGUGUUACUUUGCUGUGGAGGGUUUGUUCACGGAGCUGAAGAGCAUCAACAUCACCCUCGUCGACAGAGUGUUUGAAGAGAACAAGCCUCCGGUCAACUACUCUCAAAUCCUCACAGACAUUAAAAACGACGGUCGCGUGAUGUUUGUCUGUUGCUCACCCGACGUCUUCAGGAAGUUGAUGGUUCAGUUUCGAAAGACAGAUCUUCCUCACGAGCAGUACGUCUUCUUCUACAUCGACGUGUUCGGAGACAGUUUGAAAUCUAAUCACAGACAGCCGUGGGCCCGCGGGGACGAGGACGACGCCAUCGCCAAGGAGGCCUUCCAGAGUGUGAAGAUCCUGACCUACCGAGAGCCUCAGAACCACGAGUACAGAGAGUUUGUCAGCAAUCUGAAGACGGACGCCUUGGAAAUGUUCAACUACACCGUAGAGGACUCACUGAUGAACAUCAUAGCAGGAGGAUUUUACGACGGGUUGAUGCUCUACACUCACGCUCUGAAUGAGACCAUGUCGAUGUCCGGCGGUCGGCCUCCGGGCAAAGUCGUCACCAAGAGGAUGUGGAAUCGAACCUUCCACGGUGUAACAGGACUGGUCCACCUGGACGAGAAUGGAGACAGAGAGACGGACUUCGCUCUGUGGGACAUGAUCGACACCAACUCCAGCGCCUUCCAGAUAGUUUUGGUGUACAACAGCUCAGAGGAGCAGCUGACUGCCAUACCUGGAACAUCCCUACACUGGCCGGGUGGAGUAUGUCCUCUUGAUGUUCCAUUCUGUGGCCUCAAGAAUGAUAACCCCCUCUGCCUCGCAAAGACGAUCACCAUCCACCAGAUGGUUUCCAUCGUGAUCGUCUUCAUCUUCACGAUGACCCUCACCGUCACCAUCUUCAUCUACAGGAGGAUGAAGCUGGAGAAGGAGCUGGUGGCUCAGCUCUGGAGGAUUUCCUGGGACGACAUCCAGAUGAGCAACCUGGACAAAGUGCUGCGUAGCGGCAGCAGGAUCACGCUGUCACUGAGAGGCUCUAACUACGGCUCCCUGAUGAAUGGAGAUGGAAACCUGCAGGUUUUUGCAAAGACUGGAUACUACAAGGGAAACAUCGUGGCCAUGAAAUACACCAACAGGAAACGCAUCGAGCUGGACAGGAUGGUCCUGUUUGAACUCAAACACAUGCGAGACGUUCAGAACGAACAUCUGACCAGGUUCAUUGGAGCGUGCAUCGACCCUCCCAACACUUGUAUCGUCACAGAGUACUGUCCCAGAGGAAGUCUGCAGGACAUCUUGGAGAACGACAGCAUCACUCUGGACUGGAUGUUUAAAUAUUCUCUCAUCAAUGACAUCGUUAAGGGCAUGGUGUUCCUCCACAACAGUGUCAUCGUCUCUCACGGUAAACUCAAGUCGUCCAACUGUGUUGUCGACAACCGCUUUGUCCUGAAGAUCACAGACUACGGUUUGUCCAGCUUUCGGUCCUACAGCGACUCAGGAAAAGACGCUCAUGCCUACUAUGCCCAGAGGUUGUGGAUGGCUCCAGAGCUGCUCCGGAUGGAGUCUCCUCCUCCUCACGGAACUCAGAAAGGAGAUGUCUACAGCUUCGGCAUCAUCCUCCAGGAGGUGGCGCUGCGCAGAGGAGCCUUUUACCUGGAGGGAGACCCACUCAGCCCUAAAGAGAUCGUGGACCGGGUGGUUCUGGGCGAGUGGCCCUGCCUGAGACCGACCAUCGACCCGCAGAGUCACAGUCCUGAGCUGGGUCAGCUGAUGCAGCGCUGCUGGGCCGAGGAGCCGACAGAGAGACCAGAGUUCAACCACAUCCGCCUGCUGCUGCGCAAACAGAACAAGGAGUCGAGGACCAACAUCCUGGACAACCUGCUGUCCCGUAUGGAGCAGUACGCCAACAACCUGGAGGAGCUGGUGGAGGAACGAACACAAGCUUAUCAUGAGGAGAAACGCAAGGCCGAAGCUCUGCUAUACCAGAUACUACCACACUCAGUGGCAGAGCAGUUGAAGCGCGGUGAGACGGUUCAGGCCGAGGCCUUCGACUCCGUCACCAUCUACUUCAGUGACAUCGUGGGUUUCACGGCCAUCUCUGCAGAGAGCACACCGAUGGAGGUGGUGACUCUGCUGAAUGACCUCUACACCUGUUUCGAUGCCAUCAUCGACAAUUUUGAUGUUUACAAGGUGGAGACCAUCGGCGACGCCUACAUGGUGGUGUCCGGGUUGCCAGUGAGGAACGGAAAGCUGCACGGCAGAGAGAUAACACGCAUGGCCCUCGCCCUGCUGGACGCUGUCCGAACCUUCAAGAUCCGCCACCGACCAGAACAACAGCUGAAACUGAGGAUUGGAAUACACAGCGGUCCGGUGUGUGCAGGAGUGGUGGGUCUGAAAAUGCCUCGUUACUGUCUGUUCGGGGACACGGUCAACACGUCGUCUCGUAUGGAGUCCACCGGAGAAGCGCUGAAGAUCCACGUGUCGGCUGCGACUCGUGACGUCCUGAUGGAGUUCAACUGCUUCCAGCUGGAGCUGAGAGGAGAGAUCGACAUCAAGGGCAAAGGGAAGAUGACCACCUAUUGGCUACUGGGGGAGAGUGACAGCCAAUGACAAAACACAGCCGUCAACAGUGGACAGAGAGAGGAGGAGGGGGGAUGAGAAGGAAAUGAGGGAACAGAAGAGAAAAGGAAAGAGGGAAGUAGAGAAGAAAAUAAGGGAGCAAAUUAAUGACGAGACGGGAAGAGGAAAAGUUCAGGGAUAUGAAGAGAUGUCGCCGUAGACGUCUCAGGUCGUCGUCUCCUCCUCCUGUUUUUUUAUUUUGAACAAAGGCCUCGAAGGUUUCAGACUUCACAACACAGAGAGAGUACUGGAACAUUCACCUCACACAUGAAGGAUCAAACUGCUGAAUUAAAAAGGAGGAACGAGGAUGAGUGAGAAAGAAAAACAAAGAGGAGGAGGAACAGAGUGACGGGUGGAGGCCUUGAUGUUGAUGGAGAAAUACCUGCACAGAAACCUGCCGAGGCGGGAAUCAAACUGGACAAAUGAAGGGCUGGUGAACAUAAUGUAAAUGAAACCAAACCAAAAUAUUAACAGACUCUUUAGAUUCUGUGAUCCAGAUCCUGUCUUUAAAAUGUUGCACCGCUGCCACUUUCAGUUUUACAAAGAACAUCUACAUUUGUGUUAGUUUAGAGUUGUUUUCAAGUCCCUGUGUCAGGUUGUUCUUCACUGCUGCACGUAAAAGGUGUCUUCAACCAGCCCAGAAUCAGGUGUGAUUUAGCCCCUGGGUGGGGAGUGGGGGGUUCCGACUUCAAGGAUUAAAACUAACUUGGCAAAUGUAAAGUUUUACAACACCCCCAUUGUUUGUAUGUAAAUAUAAGUAGUUCAAGUUCAGUGAAAAACCCUAAAGUAGGGCCGGGCAAUAUGGCCAAAAAUGUUAUCACGAUUAAAACAUUUCAUACCAUUCGAUAGAUAAUUAUCACGAUAUGUCAAAUCAUUAUUUCUUUCAAGUUUAAAAGCUGAUUUUUGCUCCUGAGUGAAAA